AUGUAUGUAAGGGAAGGAGAGGAGGAUUUUGUAAAUUCCCAAACACAGGAAAGAACCAAUGCACUGAAAUUCUUGAAGACAUUGAUUGUAAUGGAGGGAUUUCUGAAAGUCCUGAAGAUCUUAGUCACCCUUACUGUGCUCUUUCUCACAAGAAAUGAAAAGUGUGAAGUUCCCUUGAAGCUCUUUCUGCUGGUAUACAUGGUGAUAACAGUAGCUAAGUUUGGAAUAUUCAUGUCGAAGAAUAUCCCGUUCUUUAGAAUUAAUAGAAUACCGGAAUACAGGGAGAACACAGACAUAACCCUGUUUUCCAAUUUCAUAGAAGCUCUUCUUUUGUUCUGGUAUCUCAUUGGGUUUAAUUGGGUCCAGGAAUGCGAGGAUUGUAGUACUACAAAUCCUCUUCUAUACUACACAACGGUCGUGUUCGUCGGGCUCGGGUUUGUAGCCUUCAUUGCGCCUCUUAUAGCUAUUGUUUUACUGCUGUUUCUUAUAACAUUUGUAAAGCCGAAGCUUCAAGAGGUGAUGUAUAAAGAUCAGAAUGAUGUUUCCGACGAUACUUACCACUGUACAAUAUGCUUUGAUAACUAUAUUCCUGGAAUCAAAUUGAAACUUCUCCCCUGUGGGCACCACUUCCACCAGGAAUGCAUAGAUGAGUGGCUAGAUCUGAAGGAUACCUGCCCUCUUUGUAAGAGAAACAUCAAUUUACUAUACGACUUGAUUGACCCACCUGAAUACGAGGUUUGA